CUUUCUUUCUCCUCCAGCCAUCCAAGAUGCUGAAAAUGAAGAAGGCCAAGGGGAGGAAGGUGGCCCCGGCCCCAGCUGUCGUGAAAAAGCAGGAGGCCAAGAAGGUGGUCAACUCACUUGAGAAAAGGUCUAAGAACUUCGGCAUCGGACAGGACAUGCAGCCCAAAAGGGACCUCACACGCUUUGUCAAGUGGCCCCACUACAUCCGGCUGCAGCGGCAAAGGGCUGUUCUCUAUAAAUGUCUCAGAGUGCCACCAGCGAUUAACCAGUUCACCCAGGCCCUGGACCACCAGACAGCUACUCAGCUGCUUAAGCUGGCCCACAGGUACAGGCCAGAGACCAAGCAAGAGAAGAAGCAGAGACUGCUGGCCCAGGCAGAGAAGAAGGUGGCCGGCACAGGAGAUGUCCCCACCAAGAGGCCGCCUGUCCUUCAAGCUGGGGUUAACACCAUCACCACCUUGGUGAAAAACAAGAAGGCUCAGCUGGUAGUGACUGCUCAUGACGUGGACCCUAUUGAGCUGGUCGUCUUCCUGCCUGCCCUGUGUUGUAAGAUGGGGGUUCCCUACUGCAUCAUCAAGGGGAAGGCCAGGCUGGGGCAACUGGUCCACAGGAAGACCCACACUAAUGUCGCCUUCGCACAGGUUAACUCAGAAGACAAAGGAGCUCUGUCUAAGCUGGUGGAAGCCAUCAGAACCGAUUACAACGACAGAUUCGAUGAGAUGUGCCACCACUGGGGUGGCAACGUCCUGGGUCCGAAGUCAGUGGCUUGCAUCGCCAAGUUGGAGAAGGCGAAGGCUAAAGAACUGGCCACCAGUAACACGGCCAGCCAAGGAGAGAAGGCAAGGGGCUGUGGCCCGUUGAGAGCCGAGGCCAUGCCGGACACGCUCAUCCGCACCUCCCUUGAGCCAGCACAGGGCAGGCAUGGUGGGCCCGCCGCAAACAAACACCCUCCAGGGCGAUCGCUCUGCUGGCGAGACUGGAUGGAUCGUUCCUGCAACCCUUCCUCUUAUAUUUUCAGUGUGGCAAAGGACUCUGGCUCCAAUCACGGGAUCCACGAGAUGGAGUCCAGCCUCGGGGCCUGGCUCCGUACAGCCUCCCGUGUGGACAGCGCACGGACCUGCCUGCUGGCUGCCACGUCCAGAACUCAGAACUACGGGUUAGGCCGGCUGAGGACCCAGCGUGCCUGCGUGUCCACAGACUCCCCCAAGAACACGCCAGAGAACAACUGCCCACACUCCCUCUGA